AUGGCCGAGAUCCGUCGCAAGCUCGUCAUCGUGGGCGAUGGUGCCUGCGGUAAGACCUGUCUGCUCAUUGUUUUCUCGAAGGGUACCUUCCCUGAGGUCUACGUCCCCACUGUCUUCGAGAACUACGUUGCCGAUGUUGAGGUUGAUAACAAGCACGUUGAGCUUGCUCUUUGGGAUACGGCUGGCCAAGAAGAUUAUGACCGCCUCCGUCCUUUGUCAUACCCCGACUCGCACGUUAUCCUGAUCUGCUUCGCUGUCGACUCCCCCGAUUCUCUCGACAACGUCCAGGAGAAGUGGAUUUCCGAAGUUCUCCACUUCUGCCAGGGCCUUCCCAUCAUCCUCGUUGGUUGCAAGAAGGAUCUGCGCCACGACCCCAAGACUAUUGAGGAGCUGCACAAGACCUCUCAGACCCCCGUCACCGCUGAGCAGGGUGAGGAGAUCCGCAAGAAGAUCGGUGCCUACAAGUACCUCGAGUGCUCUGCCCGUACCAAUGAGGGUGUCCGCGAGGUCUUCGAGGCUGCCACCCGUGCGGCCCUCCUGAAGGUCGGCAAGACCAAGGCCAACAAGAAGGGCAAGUGUUUGAUCCUGUAA